AUGCCGCUGCCGCGGUGCAACGCCUCUGCACCCGAUGUUGCGCCAAAGGCGUCGAUGCGACAGCGGCUCUGCGCCAAACCGGAAAUGCGUGCGGCUCUCAGUGCCGCCUCUGUGCCGGUGCUCUGGAGCCGCGACCUCGUCCGCAGCCAGAAGAUGUUUAUGAACGAGAAGCCGUUCGCCGCGAGCAAAUUUCAGCCGUUUAUCGAGCAGCUUCCGCGAAAUAGCCUCAUGUCGUCGGCCUGGCCCGAUGGGUGCGAGAUGUGUGACACUUGCGCUGUGGUCGGGGCGAGUGGCUCGCUCCGCAAAUUCGAACACGGCGCGCAGAUUGACGGCCACUCGCUCGUCCUGCGGCCAAACUGGAUCAUCAACAAGGGCUUUGAGAAAAAUGUGGGGACGCGGACGAGCAUAAACGUCUUCUUCGGCGUGGAGGGGAUGAUGAAGCACUUUGAGAGGCAUCAGCGCAGCGUGCCGGAGGAGCGGCGUGCCAUUGGCUUGAUCACUUCCAACUCACACCUCUCGGUGUCCUCUUUCUUCCGGUACCUGAUCCGCGUACACAAGUCGACGGCGCUGAACAAGACGGCCACCGCCGCGGAGACGCUCGUCACGCCGUCGCGCGUCUUCCUCAUUACUGACUCCAUCUACCACAAGGCUCUCGCCGAGAUCUGCCGGGCGACGGGUGAGGGGUGCAUGUGGCAGCGCACGUCCGGGACGAUGCGGCCGAGCACAGGCUUCAUCGCCGUGAUCAUCGCCCUGCAAAUUUGCCGCAACGUCUCUCUCUUUGGUCUCACGGACGACCCGUGCCAGCCCUUUCACUACUACGGCAAGCCUAAGGCGAAUUGUACCAAGGCGAUCCCAGCCAAGAACGAUGAGCCGCUCCAUUGGUUCGAGAAGGAGCACGAGAUCUACGCCCGCUGGCACCGGGAGGGUAGGCUCACGGUGUACUCAUGA